AGUACGUGAAUUACUGAAGAUUGUGUCGAUUUUCGGGAGAAAUAUUUCGUACCUCAUUUCGGUUGAUGGACGAGACGGAAAAGGACGAGAAUGAGACUUGGCGAGAGAUUCCGAGAUCGGCCAUGAUGAAAAUUUAGAAAAGACAGAAUAAAUUUUUGAUUCCUAAAAAAAAUCAAUUUUAUUUACGGUAUAUGAUGUAAAGUAUACAAAUUAUUACUUGGGCAACAAACAAGACGUUAUGGUUUAUGGAGAGAACAAUAUGAUUGUCCCUACAGAGGAUGUUUGUGUGGCAGAUGAGCCUAUGGUGCUUUGCAUUGUACGGGACAUGACAGACUCCAGGAGCUCUAGCAAACACACUCUUAACCUCUCUGGGAGUACAACAUGUAGGGGACUCAUUGAAGAACUGGGCAAACUUCUGCGAUAUUAUCCAGAUACUUUCACUGUAUACUACGAGAGACCUGUUGAUGGGGAUUACGAAGAGGUGUUGAUUAACGAAGAGGGUGAAAAGCCACUAAGUUUGGUGUGUGCACAUUGUGGUAAUGGAAAGAAGAAUAUAUUCACUGUCAAUGAUAAGGAUGGAAAACAACCAGAAAGACUACCUGAAGAAAUAAGAGAGGAAGCUGAAGAAGACCCUGUUGACAACCCAGGUCUUGGGGACAGUUUCAUAGGGCAGCUUGAUGAGAACAAGGACUCAGAUACCCUUGGCCUAGGGGCCUCAGCCUCCCCAACCACCCACCAGGAACCGACAUAUGGGCCAUCAAACUACCGUUCUGGUUCAUCAUACUCCUCAGAUUACUCUUACUCAUCUGCUCUCAUGAAAUCCGAUACAGGUUACGUAGGUUUAGUUAAUCAGGCCAUGACGUGCUACCUGAACUCCCUGCUACAAACUCUGUACAUGACCCCAGAGUUCAGAAAUGCCAUCUAUAGGUGGGAGUUUGAUGGUGAAGAGGCAGAAAUGGUGAAGAGCAUUCCUUUUCAGUUACAAAGGCUCUUCCUGCUUCUACAGACCAGCAAGCGCAAAGCAGUUGAGACAACUGAUAUCACACGUAGCUUUGGUUGGGACAGUAGUGAAGCGUGGCAGCAACACGAUGUACAGGAGCUGUGUAGGGUAAUGUUUGAUGCCCUAGAGAUCAAGUGGAAGAAUACAGACCAGGCCCACCUUAUUAACCAAUUAUACCAGGGCAAGAUGAAGGACUAUGUAAAAUGUCUUGAGUGCUCAUAUGAGAGUGCAAGAACUGAUACAUACCUUGACAUUGCCUUGGCUAUUCGACCAUUUGGCUCCACUGUGGCAUAUGGCAGUGUAGAGGAGGCAUUGAAAGCUUACACCCAGCCUGAGAUCCUCGACGGAAGCAAUCAAUAUUUUUGUGAAAAGUGCAAUAAAAAAUGUGAUGCCCAUAAGGGUUUGAAGUUUGUGAGUUUCCCGUAUUUGCUGACUAUGCAGCUGAAAAGAUUUGACUUUGAUUACAACACAUUGCACCGAAUUAAACUAAAUGACAAAAUGACGUUCCCAGAAAUCCUGAACCUCAAUCAGUUCAUAGACAAUCCUGAGAAACCCAUUCCAAAUGGUGAGACUGGGGAAACAAGUCCUGUUGCUACGGAGGCAAACUUGGUUGCCAAGGAAACAGUAAAUCAUAUUGUAAAUGGACCAGCAGGGGAUGGUAUUGAGAGCAAUGGAGAAAAUGUAAUCGAUAGGGAGCCUAGUGAUGAAGGUAUAGAUGAGGGCAUUGAUCUAGAGAACUGUGCUUCAGGGGCAUCAACAGCAAGCAGUGACUUCUCCAGUGUCAAUAGUGAGGCAGCAACAAAUGACAGGAAUCUACAAGCAUCUAUAGCAAAGGGCCCAUAUGAGUAUGAGCUGUUCUCCAUCAUGAUCCACUCUGGCAGUGCAGCAGGAGGACACUACUAUGCUUACAUCAAAUCAUUUACUGAUGGCCACUGGUACAGCUUUAAUGAUCAACAUGUGACUAAGAUUACAUAUGAUGACAUUAGGAAAACAUAUGGAGGUAUAGGUGGCAGCAGGGGUUACUAUUCAUCAGCAUAUGCUAGUUCUACUAACUGCUAUAUGUUGAUGUAUCGCCAAAUAGACAAGAAAAGGAAUGCAGAUUUCAUGCAACCACUAGACUUUCCUAAGCACCUUGUGAAACAACACCAAGCCCUUCAGUCAGAAGCUGAAGAGGAAACCAGGAGGAGGGAGAUGGACAGGUGUAUGUGUAAGAUCAAGCUGUUCUGUUAUCACCCAGAGUUGCAGAAACAGAUUGAGACAAAGCUAGAAAUCCACAAAGACAGAACUCUGAAGGAAGCCACAGAGGCCGCAUAUAAGCAAUUAGACUUGGAGAACAUAGUCCAGCUGGAUUACUGCAGACUUGUAAAAUAUGAUGAGUACCACGACUCACUUGAGAAAUCCUAUGAAGGAGAAGAGGAGACCCCAAUGGGAGUGCUCCUGGGUGGAGUGAAACAAUCAUACACAUUUGAUCUUCUAAUGGAGAUACGCAGAGAGGGACAGAAGUUUCAGCCUUAUAAACCUGGAGGUGUAACAGUAAAGGUGUUUAAGAUAGACCUGGAUACAGAGACCAUACAUAACCCAGUCAGCAUGCGGGCCUAUUUAACACAGACCAUAUCUGACUUUAAAACAAUGAUUGCACAGCACUUUGGUGUGAGUAAUACAGGUGAUCUCCGCUGUGUGUUGGAGCGUUAUGUGAAUGAUCUAAGACUGCUGUGUGUGCCUCAUAAGACACUCAAGUCAGAGGGCUUCUUCAGAAGUAACAAGGUGUUUGUGGAAUGCUCGGGCUCAGAGACAGAUGACAAAUCACUUUUCCCAGAGACACAUCUGUUUCGUCUGUUGGAUCGCUAUGAGAACACAAUACGCAUACUCGUCAAUAUACCUACAGAGUUAAAGGUAAAAUAUCACCUCAAGCUUAUAGAAGAGAAUCAGUCACGUCUUAAUGCAGUACUUACUUAUCCUAGCCAAUCAAAUCAAAGAACUGAGUCACAUGACAUCGAUGAAGGCAUUGAUGACCCAAAUGACCUUAGUAGCCCAUCAGCCAAUUAUGACACUUCAUUGUACAGGACUAGGGCUAAAAGCAAUGAUAUACACAGGGCAAUUAGUGACACAAUACAUAGGGAAAAUAUAAGGCAAUCGGGUCCAGAUGGCUCAUGUACAGAUAGUAUAUCAGACAUUACUACAUCUGUAUCAUAUGACACACCUGUAAGUGAGAAUCAAGAAACUCUAUCAGUAUCAGAGACUGAGGCACAAGUAUUAGACUCUGGAGAAACCAGCAUGCAACAUAACAAACAUGAAAUUUUAGAUACAGCUGGGUCAAAUAUAAGCUCCGCAGAUGUGGGGGCUAGUAUAAGUAAUGAUGCCCAGGCAGGUACGAGUGGAAGUAUUGAGGGGGACGUCCAAGGGCCACAGGAUGCAGGCCCUGGGGUGGAACAAGGAGCAGGGGACACCCUGGCAGGAACAAGUGCCAUAGAAGUCGCUGAGGAAGCUGGGGCUGAUGGUCCACAAGAGGAAGAAGAGGAAGAGAAGUGGUACUUCAGUGCUGAGCUUCAUAUAGAUCCACUUACCUUCUAUAGAUCUCUUACAGUAUUUGUUGACAAGCGGAUCACACUCGCAGCUCUAAAAGCAGAGUUACAGUCAUAUGUAGGGGUCUCCUGUGAGCAAUUCAAGGUUUACAGAGUCUAUAGUAACAGUCAGGAGUUUGAAUGCACCAGACUUUCUGAGAACCUCACAUCUUAUGGAGAUGAAAGCAAGUUGAAUGUGAAGCUUGGAAGAGCGUUGAAGAAAGGAGAGUAUAGAGUCAAAGUCUACCAAUUAGUCACCGAUGAACAAGAACCUGGGAAGUUUCUCUUAGACACCAUAUUUGCCAAGGGGAUGACAGUUCUAGAAUCUAAAAAGUUGAUUUUACCCGAGAUACAAGCUCUGUGUGGGCCCGACUGUACUGCAGAAAGUAUCCGACUAAGGAGGAAAACGUGGAAAAAUCCGGGCACAAUCUACCUGAAUGAACAACGCUACGAGGAUGACAUCCCUAUCUUUGCAAACUGGGAGAUCUUCCUUGAAGUCCUGGAUGGCCCCGAUAGGAUCCAGGUUUCCUCUCAGCUUGCAGUGUUUGCCCGCCAGUGGCACCCAUCUAGUCACACUAUAGAUGGCUUUCAAGAGGUUGUAUUGGAUACAACAAACACAGAAGAGCUGAGAGAAAAGUUGUCUGAGAUCAGUGAUAUCCCAGUUGAGGACAUUGAGUUUGCCAAAGGACGUGGCACCUUUCCAUGUGAAGUGUCAGUGCUAGAAAUACAAACAGAUCUAGACUGGAACCCUGAUGUCAGCCAACUUAAUGUGUGGCCGUUGUACAUAUGUGAUGAUGGCAAUCUAGUCUACUACAGAGACAAGAAGGAAGCAACGGCAGAAUUAGAUGAGGAGAAGAAGAAAGAAAUACAACAAAAAGAAAAUGCAA